AUGGCCACCCCAAGCAGUGGCCUCAGUGUGACCGGAAAUCCCACGCCAGUUUCUGACGCGUCGCCCGCUCAUCUCGAUGACCCAUCAGCAUUGCCGAGGCCGAAACGACGCCGUGGGGUUUCCGACAAUACUGCAUCAGCUACUCCAUCCAGGCGAACCAAGCCUCAGGCCCCGGAAUCCGGAAGCCGCCGGAAACUGAACAAAGUAUCCAGGGCAUGCGACUUUUGCAAGCUGAAGAAGCUGAGAUGCACAGGCACCCUCCCCUGCCAAAUAUGCAUCAAGAAAGGUCUAGAGUGCCAAUAUGACGCCCAAUACCGACGUGGCAGGCCGCCGACCCCGCCGCCAGUUGUCUCGCAACAACGCGAAGUGCCGAUUCGCGAGAGUCAGGAUGAUGACGAAGGAGACAGACCGUCUAACCCUUGGGAGGGGCGACAAGCCCCAAGUGCCAACGACACACGAAGAGCGGACACGAAUUCGGUCGAACCCAUCCCAGCCGAGGCCUUCCCAUCGCGCGGGUCUCCAGAGCUGGAUACGACCGAGAUUGAAGGACAAUUCUUCGACCCAACCUCCAAUUUGACCUUUUUACACAGAGCUUGGAAACGAUUAUCGCAUCACAAAGGCGCCAACGUGCCUGGAGUUUUGAAUGGCUCUGAAUCUAUGCAACCUCUCAUGUCAGCCGGUGACAGGCCGUUUGCAUAUGAUCCUAAUCAAGGCGUGAGACUUCCAGAUCGCCAGUCAGUUACCGAGCUCCUUGAAUAUUACUUUGACCGAUGCGUGGUCACCUAUCGAUGUCUUAACAGCCAACUUUGCUCUCGCUGGCUUGAUAUUUUACUUAACAACACCGAGAACAGCCUUCCAUUCUAUCAUGAUAUCGGGCAUGCAAAAGCAGCAGUAAUUCUUGAAAUACUUGCAAUCGCCAGCCUGAGACAGAACAAGGUCGCCGGAAAUUGGUCCACCGAUGAUGGCGGUGGAUAUUACCUCCAGCAGAGUGACCAGUUCUUCUGUGGUGCAACAGCACUCACAAAUGAAGAAAAGGGUCUCCCAAGGCUUGAGUCGGUUCAAGCUCGGAUUCUGCAGGUUCUCUAUUUGUUGCAGACGGCCAGGAUGAACCAAGCAUGGUACGUGUUUGGGAGUGUGGUGCCCAUAGUAUCCGCUCUAGGCUUGCACAGAAAGGCAAGCCGGGAUAGAAACGGAGCCAGUCGAAGCCCAAAUGUGGACUAUAUUGCCUCUCAAGGCCGUAAGAGAACUUUUUGGGUUGUGUAUACGAUAGACAAAUAUCUUUCUGUCGUUCUAGGCCGACCACGAUUGUACCAUGACGAUGAUAUUGACCAGGAGUACCCCGAUAAGGUUAACGAUGAGGAUAUGACUCCUCAGGGUCCUUCCCUUUUGGAACCUUCAAUGGACUGCCAUAUUGACUCACUGAUAUUCCAUGCAAAAAUUGCUCGCAUAGUAGACAGCAUUUCCCGAGAGGUGUACUCUUUGAAAAGUGUCCAAAAGCACGAGCGAUUGGCAGCAGCUCAAAAGCUUGUUCGAACAUUACAUGAGUGGCGAGACGAACUGCCACCACACCUCGGCACUGUUCGGCCACGCAGCCUCAUUCCAAGCUUCCGCCGGCAAGCCACGGCACUGAAACUGGCAUACUGUCAUGCGGUCAUGCAUGCUAAUCGCCCGUUUCUUCUGGGAUCUCCCACCAGGUCGAACAGCCAGACUCUGAGUGAAAGCGUCACAGAAUGUAUAACUGCUGCAAGAAUGGCGCUUGAAACAGUGGACAGUAUUGUAUGUGACGGAGCUCUUUUCCAUGCGUUGUGGUGGACGCCAUAUGUUACGUUCUGCGCGCUCGCAGUUGUCUAUGUUUGGGAGAUCCAGCAAAAGAAAUCAAAGGGAGAGUUAGCGAUUGACGACCCUUUCUUAUUUGAGCUGGCUGAGCGUUGUCAAAGCUACCUCGCUCAAUCUACGGCUGGAGAUUCCCCGUCUCGGCGCUAUAGCAUUAUCCUCGAUGAGCUACGCCUCGAGGCACGCCACGGACGUCCUGCGGUACUACAAGGGAUUUCUGGAGCCAGUAGUGUGGAUCAGUUGCAAAGUUCAGAUGGUCUAGCUAUGGACAUCGGAAGUAUGUUUCAAGAACCAGGAGAGGACUCGAUAUAUCAAGGGCUACCCAUGGUUGAUGAAUGGCAGGCCACCGAUUGGCUUGAUUUGGAUUCAUCGGCCUUCAGGCCGUUUCCAGAUUUUGAAAGAUCUUCUAUUCUCUGGACGACGGAUAUUUGA